AUGGCCUUCCACGUUGUGCCCGCUUGCAUCUUUGCAAGCGGCUGUCUGGGGCUGGCCAUAUUGUCAUACUUUCACUUACAGCAGCCUCACAGUCUUCUCUGGUAUUCACAAACAGGCGCCAUCAUACUCUUCGAAUGGGUUCUCUCAAACCUGGUUUACAGGCUUGUCUUCCACCCCCUUUCUAAGUACCCAGGACCGCUGUUCGCUGCACUUACAGACUGGUACACUGUUUACUGGAUUGCUGAAGGUGGCCGUCAUCUUGAGUUUGAUAAACAGCACAAGAAGUUUGGGAAAUUCGUUAGAUUUGGGCCCAACCGUUUGUCUAUCAAUUCUGCAAAGGCAUCUCGCGACCUGCAUAAUGUCAAUUCCAACACAUUCAAGGCCGACGCAUAUAGCUCUUUCAAGCGCUUCUUUGGGGCAGAAAUGUCUCUCACCACGGUAGACCACAAGGCACAUGCUUUCCGGCGUCGAGUCAAUAUGACAGCCAUCACACCUGCCGCAGUGAAAGAGUUUGAGGAUCAAGUCACGCCUCACGUCGAUGAAUUCAUUGACAUCAUCAGCGAAGGUGUAGGGAGCAAAGUAGAAGGUGAACAUGGCUGGAGCUCAGGCAAAGAUAUGUGUUGGUACGUAUCUUUCUGUAUUGCCGACAUAAUGGGCUCUAUGACUUUUGGUCGAACAUGGAACGUCCAGAGAGAUCCGAAGUAUCGGCAUUUUGUAAAAGAUUUGCCUAAUGGGGUUGCCGGCAUCCAUUUGGUUGGCCACAUGCAGUCAUUAUUCUUCUGUAACUUGCAUAAGCUCUUGUUCAACCAGCUCAUCGUUGGUGUGGGAAACUUAAUGUCUGUAAGCCGGUCAUUUGCUUUGUGGCGCCUGGAGCAGACUUCUAUGCCUCAUAGAGACAUUUGGGCAGCGCUUCUCGCAUCGCGCGAUCCCAAGACCGGAGAAGGCUUUUCUACGGAAGAACUCAUAUCAGAAGCAAGCCUUUUCAUAAUUGGUGGUACAGACGGCAUGAUAACUGCAACAACGUCAACCCUGUUCUAUCUCACACAUAACCCACGCACGCUCGAACGCCUAACACGCGAGAUUCGAGAGGCAUUUCCAUUGUCUCCAGAAGACGUUGGUAAGAAGGCAUCAGAAGUCGAGUGCCCCAUUCAAUUUGCUUCUGCGGAGUUGCAGAGCGUUAGAUACUUGCCCGCUUGCAUUGACGAGGCCAUGCGACUCUCGCCCCCUGUCCCGAGCAUCCUACCACGUGUAGUUGGUCCAGGGGGCAUGGAGGUGGACGGCGAAUACUUCCCUGCUGGUGUCAAUUUGGGGGUUCCGCACUACUGCAUGCAUCACAGCGAAGAGAAUUUCGCCCAGCCUUUGACCUACGCACCCGAACGCUGGUUCCCGGAAGAGCGCGAAAGAGGGCUCAAGGACGGUUCUGUGCCUGUGUCAGGCAAGGAGUCCGUCAAGAUGCUGCCCGCAGUGGGUCUGUCUCAUGGGUUUACUCCGUUUGGUGCUGGUCGCAGCGGCUGCAUUGGGAAACACCUGGCCUACCAAGAAAUGUCCAUUGUUUUGGCUCGUCUCAUCUGGCUCUUUGACAUUCGUCUGGACCCCAGCAGCAACUUGGGAGAAGGUGUGGGCGAUGCUAAAGAAGGGCGAGAGUGCAGGAGCGAAUUUCAGCUGUAUGAUCGCUUUGUCAGUUCACAGAAUGGGCCAAUGCUGCAAUUCCGCUAUCGGGAGGAAUUGACUGCAUAA